AGAGCGGGACAGAGUUUAAAUACGGGCUCUCUUUCUCUCUCUCUUCACACACACACACACACACUUUCACUGAGAAAGACACGAACACUGAACAGGACUCCCUACCGUUAUUAUGGCGCUCGAGAUAAGACAGGUCCAGCUCAAUGUGAAGGAAAACAACACGGCCCACCGCGCACACGAAAUCAGCGUCAAGCGUUUGAUUGUGCGGCGCGGCCAGAGCUUCCAGUUUACGCUCCACACCAAUCGACAGUUCCAACCUGACACCGACACGCUCCUUUUUACUGUGGAGACAGGACCCCGGCCAUCAGAGGCAAAGGGCACACGCUGUCUGUUUGGCUACCCGAAGCCAACCGAUGCAAAGGUGGCGUGGACAGCGCAGGUUCAGGAGAGCGACCAAUCGUCCACUACCAUGGCCAUAAGCAGUCCAGCCGAUGCCAGUGUGGGCUCCUACAACCUGUCUAUGAGGGUAGGGUCACAGGAUGCCCAGCCACGAAUCAUCACCAGCCUGGUGCUCCUCUUCAACCCCUGGUGUGCAGAGGACUGGGUGCACCUCCCAGAGGAAGCAGAGAGGCAGGAGUACGUGAUGAGUGAACAGGGCCUCAUCUACAGAGGAUCUGAUAGCUACAUCAGCCCCAUGGCCUGGAACUUUGGACAGUUUGAGGAGGAUAUGGUGGACAUCUGCUUAAAGCUGCUGGACAUGAACCCCAAGUGUCUGAAGGACGCUGUGGAGGACUUCUCUGCCCGCUGCAACCCCAUCUACGUAGGGAGGGUGGUCAGUGCUAUGAUCAAUGCUAAUGAUGACCGUGGCGUCCUGGUGGGUCGCUGGCAAACGCCGUACACUGGCGGAGUGGCCCCCACCCACUGGAACGGCAGCGUGGACAUCCUGCGGCAGUGGUACAAGACCUCCUGCUCCCCCGUCAAGUACGGCCAGUGCUGGGUGUUUGCUGGGGUCAUGUGCACAGUUAUGAGGUGUUUGGGAAUCCCAUGCCGUGUGGUUACCAACUUUGAUUCUGCGCACGACACCGAUAAAAGCCUGACCAUUGAUGAGUACUACUCUAACCAUGGGGUACGACCCAAGGAGAGCCACGACAGUGUGUGGAACUUCCACGUGUGGGUAGAGGGGUGGAUGAAGCGUCCAGAUCUCGCUGCAGGGUCUACAUAUGAUGGCUGGCAGGUGCUGGACGCCACCCCACAGGAGAAGAGUACAGGAGUGUACUGCUGUGGUCCAUCCUCUGUGAAGGCUGUUCUGGAGGGACACACUGACCUGAAGUACGACGUGCCGUUCGUCUUCGCUGAAGUCAACGCCGAUCGAAGUUCGUGGAUGCUCAUGAAAGACGGCUCAAAGCGGAAGCUCCAUACUGACUCCAGAUCAGUUGGCCGCAACAUCAGCACCAAAGCUGUGGGCAAAGAUAGACGAGAGGACAUCACAGCCAACUACAAAUACCCAGAGGGCUCUAAGAAGGAACGUCAGGUGUUUGAGGAAGCCGUGCGGAGAGGAAACAAGACCAAGCCCCGUCCAGAGAAGCCGGACAAGCCAGAGCCGGCCGCAAUGACGCUGAAGAUCACGGAGGAGAGCCAGGCGGUCAUGGGGCAGGACAUCGUGCUGUGUCUGGUCCUACGCAGCGAGCAGGCCGACCUCGCGGGAGCUCAGCGUCCAGCUCAACGGCCCAGGCCAUGAGGUACACAGGUGUGC